AUGGCCGAGGAUUUUAUGCGCCAAUUCGGCGCUGAAACAGCAGAAGCAAUGCUGUUCUAUGAUAUUGAAGCAAUGUUAACAGAACAAGGACGAAGUUAUAGCGACUUUGGCAUACCAAUACCAUCCAAAAUUUACGAAACACUGAACGAAGGACAAGGUGUCAGUGUUUUAACAGUUGCAUGGACCGGGAUUGCUCCGAAUUUAUUGGCUGAAGGAAGAGCGGUUCAUAGUCGUGUUAAACUUACAGUGCCUCUCUUGGAGAUGUCUACAUCCAGUAUUCGACCAAACACUAAGGAAGCCGACACAAUUGGAAAGGCUGACGUCGUCAUUUGGGACGAAGCACCGAUGGCCCAAUCCUAUGCACUUAAAGCUGUUGAUAUUUUACUUAGGGAUAUAAUGAACAUAAAUGUACCUUUCGGUGGAAAAAUUAUGCAAGUACUUCAACGUCUACCUGGAAUAGAAAAAGUGUACUCAAGUGUGGAUGACAUUGAAUGUGAUGACGACGAAGAUAUCCGCAAUUAUCCAACAGAAUUUCUGAAUAGUCUUACUCCAUCAGAUAUGCUUCCUCAUCAUAUAUGUCCAACUUGA